CAUCCAACACAUUCUCCUUUGGCUUUAUGCAAGCAUCAAACUAAGGAUGGCAAAGAUGAAUCUGUCUUCCUACAUGUUAAUGCUGGCUUUUUCUUUGUUUUCUCAAGGUAUUUUACUUUCAGCUUCCAAGUCCAUAAGGAAUUUAGAAGACGACAUAGUAUUUAAUACAUUUCGGAUGGGAAAAGCAUUUCAGAAGGAAGAUACUGCAGAAAGAUCAGUUGUUGCUCCUUCUCUGGAACAAUACAAAAACGACGAGAGCGGUUUCAUGAACGAUGACGACAACAAGAACACAAAGAACACAGGCUCCAAACAGAAUCUCGUAACUCACGGUCUGCCACUGAGUCUGGCUGUAAAACCUUACCUCGCUCUGAAAGGAUCAGUAGCCUUCCCAGCUGAGAAUGGAGUUCAGAAUACUGAGUCCACACAGGAAAAGAGAGAAAUUGGGGAUGAAGAAAACUCAGCUAAAUUUCCCAUAGGAAGGAGAGAUUUUGACAUGCUCAGGUGUAUGCUGGGAAGAGUCUACCGACCCUGUUGGCAAGUUUGAUACCUGCUGGUCCACAACAUCCUUUCAGAAGAAAACAAUUCAUUGCAAGUGGAGAGAAAAGCCCUUAAUGUUGAUAUAACUUGUGUAUUAUCCUAAAUGUCUGAUUUAAAAGAAAUUGAUUAAGAUAUGUAAUAAUGUAAAUGAUAUGCUUGACUUGUACAUUAAACUUCACAAAAAUUCUG